CAAUUAAUUCCUGUUUUAUGUCCAUUUACUGAUGCUACAAAGUUUCUUGGUAGUAGUAAUUACUCAACAAUUAGCUAUAUGUAUCAUUCAAUUUCACUUAUAAGAUCAGAUCUUGCAUUAAGUGAAGAUUAUAUAGAAAUGAUAAACUUUACAGAUUCAAGUACUGUAUUUGAUAAAGAUAUUAAAUAUGAAAAUGCUGAUAAGAAUAUUGAUAAUAAUCCUUCUACUCCUCAUUAUAAAAUUCGUAUAAAUGCUCUUCAAAAUUAUGAUAAUAUUAUUUUAUGA